CCCGGCCAGUGCCUGGUGGCCUCGCUCAGCCCAGAGCCCCUUGGAGCGUCCCCGCUGGCUGCAUCUCCUCACCAUGAGUGACCUGCAGGAAGAGGGCAGAAGUGCCAUCAACUCGCCGAUGUCCGCUGCCUCUGUGGACGUCCACCCCGAAGACACUCAGCUUGAGGAGAAUGAGGAGCGCACGAUGAUCGACCCUACCUCCAGGGAGGACCCCAAAUUCAAGGAGCUGGUCAAGGUGCUCCUGGACUGGAUCAAUGAUGUCCUGGUGGAGGAGCGGAUCAUCGUGAAGCAGCUGGAGGAGGACCUGUACGAUGGGCAGGUGCUGCAGAAGCUCCUGGAAAAACUGGCAGACCGCAAGCUGGACGUGGCCGAGGUGACCCAGUCGGAGAUAGGGCAGAGGCAGAAGCUGCAGACGGUUCUGGAAGCCGUGCACGACCUGCUACGGCCACACGGCUGGGCGCUGCGGUGGAACGUGGACUCCAUCCACGGCAAGAACCUGGUGGCCAUCAUCCACCUGCUGGUCUCGCUGGCCAUGCACUUCCAGGCCCCGAUCCGCCUCCCCGAGCACGUGUCGGUGCAGGUGGUGGUCGUCCGGAAGCGGGAAGGCCUGCUCCACUCCAGCCACGUCUCAGAGGAGCUGACCACAACCACCGAGAUGAUGAUGGGCCGGUUUGAGCGAGAUGCCUUCGACACACUCUUCGACCACGCCCCGGACAAGCUGACCGUGGUGAAGAAGUCGCUCAUCACGUUUGUGAACAAGCACCUGAACAAGCUGAACUUGGAGGUGACGGAGCUGGAGACCCAGUUUGCAGACGGUGUGUACCUCGUCCUGCUCAUGGGCCUUCUGGAGGACUACUUCGUCCCCCUCCACAACUUCUACUUGACUCCAGAGAGCUUCGAUCAGAAGGUCCACAAUGUGGCCUUUGCCUUCGAGCUGAUGCUGGACGGGGGACUCAAGAAGCCCAAGGCUCGCCCUGAAGAUGUGGUGAACCUGGACCUCAAGUCCACGCUGAGGGUGCUCUACAACCUGUUCACCAAGUACAAGAACGUGGAGUGACAGGCACAGCAGAUGGCGACGGCGGCGGGGACAGUUACCGGGCAGGAGAAGCGGGGUCCAUCCGCGUGGGCCUGAGCCUUCCAGGGCAGCGUCCCGGGCUUCCAGGCUUCCAUCCCAGCUUGGUGGUUGUUCUCAACCUCUGCUUCUCGUGACUCCCGGGACCUUUGAAAAUGGACGCUUUGCAGCCUUGCUUCCCAGGCUGCUGAGUUAGCUGUUGUUGGUCUUGAUCAAAAGAGGGAAAAGAAAAGGCCCUGCCCCCACCCUCGGCCUCGACCCGGCCUGUGAUGGAGGGGGGACCGGUCACAGGCGCUGGCCCAGUGCCACUGUCGCUGGCGCUGCUGCGCGGGCACGCUCCCCAGGGAGCCUGCCUGUCUUCUGGGCUCCCUCGGGGGUGGGCUGUCCUCGGAAGCAGGGCCUUUUUAGUAAAAGGCUUUUGAGGUUUAAAAAUGCCUCCCUCUCAAGUCCCCGCAGCUUCCGAUGUGCCGUGUUUCAUCCCCUACUCCUGCGGCGUUUGGUCACUCGAGUUUCAGUUGAUCUUUUGCACAAAAGACCUGGGCGGACCGACUCCCCUGCUCACAGAGGCGGUGGUUGUGGAGGGCUGCUCUCGGUUUUGUGCUGCGGGGCCGGGGCCGGGCGUGGAGCCGGCUGCGAAGGCGCCCUGGAAACAACUUGGGGUGCCACGUGGAAUGGACGUGGGUAUCUGUGUGCUAGGCUUUGGGGCGGAGAGCUGCAGGGGCCAGGCAGCUUCAGCAACAGAGAACUUGGGGCUCCCAGCUCCGGGGUCUGCAGGGCCGGUUCCUGCCGAGGCCCCUCCUUGGGCAGCUUCUCCCAGGGUUUGUGUUUUUUUGCCGUGUGUCUGUGUCCUCAAUGCCUGUUCUUAGCAGAGCGGUCCUCCUGCAGUGAGAGCCAUGCGGAGGCGCAGGUCCUCACCCCUCAGUGACGGCUCUGCAGCCCCGGCUGCAAGUGCAGCCUCACACUUGGGGUGGCACCUCAGCUCAGCCCACGGCGGGGGCACAUGGAGCACUCACCCCGCCGUCCCGAGUGAGGCGGUGUCCACCUCCAGGGUCCUGCGAGAAGAAACACUGUCAGCCCUGCCUCACCUUGGCUCCGCAGCGAAAUGAGGGUUCAGUGACUGCAUUUCCCGGGGUUUCCUGCUCUCAGGUGUCCUGCCCCGUGGCCUGUGCCUGCCGCAUUCGCUCCCAGCUCCCGGGGCCCCCUGCGCGGCCACACGGCCCUGCAUACUCAGCAUUCACAGCAGCGAUGACCAGACGGGCCUUUCUGGUUCUCAGAGCCCCACCUUGCUGCAAUAGGUCAGAGCUGCGGAAUAAGUCGUUCGUGUUACAUUGAACGUCAGCGCGAAGUUUGGAGAAACAGUUUAAUAUUCGUCCUCUUUCCGCCGUUGCUAGGCUGGGGAUGGGAUCCGAAUAGCCAUUUUGAGGGAGGUGGUUUCCCAGCAGGGGCAAGAAAUAAUUAAAACGGCAUUACGGCGUCUCCUGCGGGAUGCGGUGACAUUAAAGAGCCACACUGACAAAAUAUCCAGGGCUAGAACGUUCCGUGCUGCCUUGGUUACACACAUGGAACCCCGGCAGCCGGCGCCGGCGGAGCUGGGCCUGGCCUGUGUGUUCACAGGCGGGCUCGGGGGGGGGCGGGGGGGACCCGUGCUGGGAGUGGUGGGGGCCGCAAGGAGCAGAGGAGGGAGAUCAGGAUUUCCAACUGAAGCGAGCGGACAUCCGGGUGUCCUGGCAGCCCCUGUCCCGUGGCCUGGACAGAGGCUCUGAGCUCGGGUUCACUGUGCCAAGGCUGAGUCUCCCCGUGUUCCUGGGCCGGGAUCUCUGGAGCGAGAGCCCUGUCUCCUGUGGCCUGCCCGCGCUCAGGCAUCUUGGGGUCACUUGUACCCUAGAAGCCACUUACUUCCCUUCGGCUGUCUCGGAACUCCCUCGGGACCCAAACCUUUCUCUCUUCAUUCAUUUUUUUUUUUUUCCUCUCUCUUUGUUCUUAAUUCAAGGGAGUUCCAGAGCUUGGAGGCCACAUUUUUGUGAUUUUUAAGUGGUUGUCUGAAGCCGGGCCCAGAGGAACCAGGUGACAGCAAGGCCAUUGUGUCUCCCCCAGGGGCUGAGCUUGGACAGCCCCAGACAGACACUCGUACCCUGUCCUCCCCAGGAUGGCUGCAUGGCCCUUCCCUGGCCUCGGCUUGUCCCCCUGCAUCCUGGAGCCCAGCGCACAUGGCACUGCGUAAGCGCCGAGCCCAGGGCCCCGCGGUGUCCUAAUUGGCUGCAACAAAGAAUGAUUUUAUUCUAAAACAGCUGAAGCCUCUUUUCCCCCUGUGUGUGCCAGUAUUUUAUUGUCUUUUUAAUUGUUUGAAGCGACAUUUACUUUGGAUCUCUGGAUAUUAAAUAAAAACCACUAAAACCCUGGCCAGGCUUUGAUCAGAACGGCCGAGCUGACAGCAGGAAGCCACAUUGUCGCCCGUGGUGGGGCGAGCCGGGCGCUUCCGUGCCAGGCACGCGGGCUGGGAAGACGCCACAUGGUGCGCCUCACCACGUGCUGUUGUUUAUUCCAAGAAAGACUGCGGGAGCGCCGGGCUGUCCUCUGUCUUUUUCGCCUGCUGUUUUUCUCCUUCAUGCAUUUAACAGUCGACAUAGGUUGUGCCCCCCUGGUGCUGGACUGUGGGACUCUGCACCACCCUGUGGGUUGGGAGCUUUGGCCCAGUGCUUCCGGCCAGGUACGGGCUGGGUGAGAACACUGCUGCUGGGAGGGGCCCUGCCCUCUCUCUUUGGAAGGGACAGAAGGUCACAAAACCUCUCGUGCCGCCACAGGUUGACCAACCUUGACUGUUGAGGGGAAACCCCUGGGUGGCCUGCAGCAGUCGUCUGACCUUGUGCUCUCCCAGGCAGAGGUCCUGUAAAGUGUCUGGUGGACCGUUCUCUCUACAAAGCGGUGUGAAGACCGUGGCUGGUCUGGGACAGCAGCACAAAGAUGCUAGUUCAAAAAACAGAAACAAAAGAACUGAAAAUUGCAAGCUGUGUCUGGAAAGAACCCAGGCUUUGAACAAAGGCUUGGGUUUGAACCCAGCUUUGUCACCGUGAGGCCACUGAUGGCCUCAUGACCCGAAGCCUCCCAGCUUAGGUCUCUGGGGCAGAUCCACCCCAACCCAAGUCCACUGUCGGCCACCGUGGUGCUCCUUGAGGAAGCCGUGUCUGUAGUCGGUCUCCCUGGGAGGUGAGCUCCUGGCCUGUCACUGUGGAGGCUGCCUUGCUACUCAGUGUCCUACAAGGCACAGGACAGCGAGGCCCAUCUGCCCCACCCCGCCCCCAGUGUCUGUAGAGCUGAGGCUGGGAACCCCACGUGGCAGAGCCAGCUCGGGGCCAGCCUGCCUCGGCAUGGUUCACUGGGUGGGAUCUGUCUGUCAGUACUGAUGGUGAAGCAUCGUCCCCCGAGAUCCCACUUCUCAGAAGACAGCCAUGGUGCACGACCCUCCAGGGACUUUCUUAUGGUCCUGUCCCCGGCGUUCGUCCCAGGUCUGGUUUACCUGUGCCUGGAACAAGUGACCAGGGACAGAACUGGCCCCUGCCCUGAACCCUGAGCCUUGGAAGACUCCAAGGUGAUGUGUGGUAGGGACGGGUGGGAGACAGCCACGCCCCGAGCAGGCGCCAUGGGGCCAACUGGGUGGAGGCAAAGGAGCCCAGGAAGUCCCAGGGCCAGGCCCGCCCCAGUCCUUGGUCUUUAGAGAAGUGUUUUGUCCCAUUUUUCUCGGCUUGUUAGGACCCUCAGGAAGUCCCGCCCCUCCCACCAGUUCAGCUUUGCCUUGCUAGGGGGACGUGUUCUGCUUGAGAGAGUCCCCUCCUAUCCUUCCGCCAGCCUCUGGGGAGCCAUACCUCCCACGGCACUUGCCCUCUUCUCUGGCAGAAUCAGCAGACUGAGAACUUGGACAAGGAAGGGCCCUUCUUGGUCAUCUCGCCGGACUCUCCCGGGCGGGACCCAGCUCGGCGCCCUUGCUGACCUUGGGCCACCACGGGCUGGGGACCCGCUGCUCUUCCUGGAGGACGACUACUUGCAGCAAGUAUUUUCCUCUAGACUCAGGUCGUGAAAUUGUGGCUGAUGUAUCCUUUUCAGCACGUGAUGCUCACGAGAGAGGCUGUGUUGAUUUGCCCUGUAUUUUAUAAUGUUAAUUUUGAUUACUUAGUCAAGAUGCACUGAAAAGCUAACUCUUCCUUGUGAUCAAUAAAUAUUUAUGGGGAGAGAA